CCGGUGUGUCGUCAGCAGACGCUGUGAGCUGCUAGGCUUUACUGACAGGGAGCUCGUCUAUGCUUCACUCAAACCCAGGUGUGCGGUCUUAGAGAACAGGUGAUGUCGUUAAAGAUGGAGAUGGAUGUCAGUGGAGCAUCCAGGACACCCAUAUCUGUUCUACCUGCUGCUGAGGCAAAAAGCACCCUGAAGCUUGAGCCGGACAAACCCCGCUGCUCCAGCACACCUUGCUCCCCAAUGAAAAAUACUGUCUCAGGAUACAAAAUCCUUCACAUGAACUCCAACUAUUUGGUGGGCUUCACCACUGGUGAGGAGCUUCUUAAAUUAGCCCACAAGUGGUCUAGUCCAGAGAACAGCAACACAGAUGCCUUGCCUAGCCCCAUCAAAAAGCCUGUGGAUUUAGGUUUGCACCGAGCUUCACGGAUUUACAAAGCCAAAAGCCGCUACUACCAACCUUAUGACAUCCCAGCCAUCAAUGGGCGUAGGAGGCGCCGUAUGCCUAGUUCAAGCGACAGCUGCUUGAAAUCUGUGGUGGCCGGGGAGCCCAGUAAGGCUUUGCACGGCCCCCUGCCCCUCUGCCUUUUAAAGGGCAAGCGGGUGUAUUCCAAGUCCCUGGACUACCUCAACCUGGACAAGAUGAGCAUAAGGGAGCCGGCAGACACAGAGGUGCUGCAGUAUCAGCUGCAGCAUCUUACCCUGCGGGGUGAGCGCAUGUUCACCCGCAACAAGACAUGAGUGCCCGUGUGUCUGUUGUUCAAAGCCACUGCCAGAGUGAUCUGGCUGUGAUUUACGGCCUUGAUUUUUACCACUCUGAUAAUAAGCAGUUCCUCUGCAAGGCAUCCAUAGAACACUAAUCUUGUUUGUUAACCGUAGGUUUGUUGAAGCACCAUCAGGCUCAGUUAUGAGAAACAUUAAAGGAAUCGUUCACCCAAAAAUGAAAACACAUUAUCAUUAUUUACUUAUUGUACAGUUAGAACUAUAUCCUGUUAUGUUUUCAGUGGAAACUUCAUACAAGGACACUGCAUAAUCACGUGUCAAGCUCCAAAAAAAAAAAAAAAAUUAUAUGCAUAAAAGUAGUCCCUUAUGACUCAUGAAUAAAGUCUUUUGAAGCCAUAUGUGUGAGUAACAGGCUGAAAAUUAAGUUGUUAUUUACUGCUAAUCUUCCCCUCCACCAAAAUGUUAUGUCAUUUACCAGGUUGGAUGUAAUAGAUUACAUUGAUUCUAAUUUGUGUCAUAAUUGAAUAUGGCUAGUUGUUUCAAAUACGCUAAAUGGUGAUUGAGAUUUGAGAGCUGCAUCGGAUGGGAAGAUUUUAAGAAAAACUUAAAUUUCAGUCUUUUCCUCACACAGAGCUAUUAUGUGUCUUCAGAAUACUUGGUACAUAGCGCAUGAGUCAUUAUAGGUACUUUUAUGGUGCUUUUAUAAGGUGUUUUUGUUUUUGGAGCUUGACAGACGUGGUCACUAUAAAAUGUCGUAUGGACAAGACCUGUGUUCUUUAAAAAUUCCCUUUUGUGUUCCAUGUGAAAGAUAACAGCAAUGAUGUGAGAAAGUAAAUAAUGUACAGAAUUUUUAUCUAGGUGAACUACUCCUUUAAACGUGUAUGUUGGUGUAAGGGGAAAUAUUCAGUGUCAUGGUAAGGUUUUUUCACAAUUAGCAAUAAAUGGUGUGCUAAAUUGGUACUGUUAUAUGUGUGUGUGUGUGUGUGUGUGUGUGUGUGUGUGCAGAAAGAUGAUAAAAUAUUCAUACUGCAAAAUGUAAGUGGACUCUGCAUUUAAUUAUACAAUUUAGAUGUGUUUUUUUUUUUUUUUUGGUCCCCUCACCAUUUUAUCACAAACAUGUUAUUCUGCUAACUCUACCUCUUUGAUUUGGCCUUGUCAGCAUGGGUGAGUGUACUGUCAUGUUCGAAAAUUUAUUUAUAUAAAAUACAGACUGUUACACAAUCCGGAUGUUAUUUAGAACAGACUCUGAUAGGAUUUGCACAAGAGAGACUUUAGAUCUUCUGAGAAUCCAAGCUAACAUUAGCAGUCACCUUUCAAUUUCUUUAAUAUUGUAGGACAUGUACUGAACACCGCCCCCCCCCCCCCCCCCAGUUGCACAUAGUAGAUAACAUUGCUAUGAAAAACCAAAGUCCUGGGGGAAACUUGAUUAAUAAUGUGAUGUUUUGAACAGCAGACAAUCAUUCACAGUUUCAUUCAGUAAGCAAAACAAAGGUGACAGUUUAAAGGAUCCUCUUUGUUCAAUUUAAAAUUAUGAUGUUAAAAUUAAAUAUUAAACAUUUCCGGCUAUCUUUAUUGCCAUUGAAGUAAUUAAUUUAAAACAUCUGAAUACAGGUUUUAGACUUUUAUUAGUAUUAUAGUUUAUAUAUAUAUAUAUAUAUAUAUAUAUAUAUAUAUAUAUAUAUAUAUAAUAUAUAUAUAAUUAUUAUUAUUUUUAUUUAUUUUUAUGAAUGAGCACGUUUAUAUGCACAUUCUUACACCGAUUAUGCUUAAUAGGCCAACAACGUGUGUGGUAAUGUAAACGCAUUAAACGGCUUUCCUUUCCAGUGUAAGGUCAUAAAUGGCGUAAUAAUAAACCGAUCGACCUUACCCUGAUUUUGCGUAACAUGUAAAUACCUUAAACGGCGUUCUUACCAGCUUAUCCAGUGUAAGCAACUUGUUGUGCAAAUGCCUUUUCAUGGUUUGACAUCAAAAGCAGAGAAUAAUGUGAAUAUUUCAAAUCUCAAGUAAAUGCAGUUUUCUUGCUUUGUUUGAUUCUUUAAAUACGCUGAUUUUUGGGAGUAAUCAGUGUAUUUAGUGUGCAUGUAAACGGGAUCAAUGUUGUUUCAUACCCUUUUUUAACUCCUUAUUUGAAGCCCAUGUUUAUCUUUUUUCUUCUAAACUUUCUAUCAAAUCGUAAUUGUUGUUCAUAUAUUGAAUUGAAAUGCUAGAUUUCACCUGUAAUGCACAGCAUUUUGUGGUUUUGUUUUUCUAGAUUGUUUUCUCUCUAGCUAACUAGUUGCACUAUCCUGUUAUUUUAAAAUUCUAUUUAGCUAACCAUUGGUGGAAUAUGCUCUGUAAAGCACCUUAGAAUCAUAAUUUGAUUUUGAACUGUGAUGUGUUGGUGAUAUUUAAUUGUUUUCAAAGGGAUUUUGUUUGAAAUGUUUAAAAAAUGUUUUUACUCAUCUGUUAAUUUAUUGGAUUUUAAUUUAAGCCUAGUUUUGUUAUUUUGUUAUUGUUUGUGGUUUUUGCUUAUGAAGUGGUUUUCUUUUUAAUGUGCCAGCCUGCCAGGAUUUGCUAUGAGGUAUCCAACAGUGUAGUGUCACUAUGUCACUGUUUAACUAGUCCAGUAGGACUAGUUAAACAGUGACAUAGUGACAUUACACUGUUGGAAGUGCAUAACUUAUCUUCACAGCAGUGAAUACAUGUUUCACUUAAUGUGAAUGAGAGAUCAAGCCAUCAGUUUUAUACAAUAUUUAUUCAGAAAUAAAAUCAAAGGGUUAAUUAUUAGUUCACAAACAAGGUAGCGGUGGGAAUAAUACUACUAUUUGACAGAUCAGACAUUUCCAAAAAUCUGAUUUUAAGUGGUUUGAAAUCAGUUUUGUAAAAAUCAGAUUUCAUGUGUUUUUGUUCUUCAAGACAACAAGCAUCUUAAUGGAUUUAGCAAAUAAGUCUGAUAUGGCAAACAAAAUCUGAUUUUUGCUAUCUAAACAAAGCCUACAUCACCUAGAUAAUUGGCAAAUUUGAGAAAAAUAGUGUUAUUAAUCAUUCAUUAUGUUUUUACAGUUGGUGUAUCUAAUAAAAUCUCAAUGAGGGUAUCAUACACUGCAAAAAAAAAAAAAAAAAAAAAAAAAACAGCUGAUAAAAAUGGUAUAAUUAAUAGAAAAAUUAAAUAGAAUAGAAAAAUUUUAUGUGUUUUCUGGUAUAGUAUUAUUUUAACUAAAAGAUUAAUCAUACACCCUCUCUGAUUGUUAAAAACGAGCUUGAUAAUAUGUCAUGCACUGAAAAUGUUUAAAUAUUACUGUUGUGUUCUCUGUUUAUCAAAAAUGUAAAAAUAAAUAAAUACCACAGUGCUCUUGCCAAGAGGGAUACAACAUAUUUUUUUUUUUUUUUUUCACGUUUUUAACCCCUUAAUGAAUAAAAGGCAGAAUCACAA